GAAUUUUAUGCAUUCGCACCAAUAAGAAGCAAUGGGAGGCAUAAAAGAAAAGUGACACAGGAGACAAAAGCCGCGAUGAAAGGCUUUGAUCAUUUUGAGGGCUUUUUAUGUUUCUGCAAAGUGAAGCUUUUAUGUAAGUCAUUGUCAUUUUCCAUUCAGGCUUUUUCCAAUAAUAAUUUUGUGCUGACUUUAUUUUAUGGCCGUGGAAAUUUCUUUAGAGAAAAUUAUUUUGGAAAAGGUUUUUUUUGUAUUCUUUUAAUUAAAAUUAUAAAGAGUUACGAGAAUUUUAAAAAUAUGUUUUGGGGGUUUUGGGUAAACUUAAAAAAUUGAAAAUUUUGAUUUUAGGAAAGGAAUUUUGAUUUAAAAAAAUAAGAUUUAAUUAAAUUAAAAUUAGAUUAAAACUAAAAAUUCAAAAAUGAAAAAAAAAUUAUUUUACAACGACUUUGUAGGUAUUUGAUUAAAAAGAAAAUUCAGAAAACUACUAGGAAAAAUAUUUAUUCCCAUCUUCAAAAUUCUUUUAAAAUAAAAAAAAGUUCAAAAUAUUUUCUAAAUAAAUAUUUUUUAUCCAAGUAAACAUCCCUUGAUUAAAAUCAAAUCAAAAAUUAUAUAAAAAUCUCAAUUCUACUGAAAUAACUUCCCAUUAAUCUCCAGACACAAUCUUUCCACGUGUGCUCGUGUUUAUUAUUCAAUGCUAAAUGCCACCGAAAUAUCUUAAUUAACAAUCCAAUCAUAAAAUACAUUUGAUCGGGAAAUUGCUUUGAAGGAAAAUAUUUGAAGAGAAAAUUUCAUUAUCCAUCGAAGAAAUAAAUCUUGGGAAAACAGAGAAAUAAAAUAGAGUGGUUUUUGGCCUGAAAGGCAUGAAGAAUUUUCCUUGCUACGCUGUAAAAAGAUUUUUAUAUACAAUCAUCGGAAAAUGGAGGAAAAAUCUCAAAUUGUGCGGUCUCAUCAAUGAAAAGCCUCCACCCUUUUUCCCUCCUUGUUCUGCACAAGCCCCCAUUCCCUCAUUCGCCCAACAUAAAUAGCAUGAAGAGUGAUAAAUAUUUUUCCCAGUGAAUGGAAAUGUAUCAAUAAAAAUUCCCACAUAGUGCUUGUGACUUUAUCUCAAUUUAUGGUUUUACGCGAAGAUGCAGGGAGAAGGAAAUCUUAUUGAAUUUUUCCACAUAUAUUUACUAUCUUAUUGAAAGAACGGGGAGAGAUCAUAAAAAUUCCCCAGCAGAGGCAUUACACUGCGAGAAAAAUAUGAAUGUAAAAAUUUCAUCGUGCGAUAAGGCGUGGAGCUGAAUGAACUGCGUGCAACUAUUUGCGACAAUGUACCCAAAUAAAACCGAGAUAAUUUCGCAUUGUGGCUUUUACAUCUUAUUUUCUUAUGUGGUUUUUUUUCUUCUCUGUCUCAGAGGGUUUCCUCCAUAAGUCCCUCCUAUUGUGGAGCUAUAAAUAUUUUCCGUAAUUGGGAUACAUCCGUCAGUUUCAAUCGUCAUCUUGUGUGCUCUUGCUGGUGUUUCGUGACAGUGAAUAAAAUCCCAAAAGUCAUGGCGUAUAGUGUGCUCUUUCAGUGCCUCGAUGCUCUCUUUACGCGUCCCAAGGAAACCAUCUUGACGCCAAAGAAAAUUUCCGGUGAACGAAUUUAUCAAUUUCAAGUUUCGGAACAAUUUCUUCCGGACAAGUAUAAGCAGUACGGGGGUGAUCUUCUCAAGCACUACAGUCAACCCGUUGCAAAUGCAGUUGUUAUUAAGGUUGCAGACUGCAAGUCACCGCCUAACUUAGAAUUCACCAAACCCAUUCUUCCCGAUGAGAUUUUCUCAAUUUACAUUCCGCUUCAUCGGAAAAUUGCCGUUAGGCUCAUUGAGCUUUUCCUGGCCUGCCCCUCGGUAGAAGAACUCAUCUCAACGCUCGUUUACUGCCAUGAACGCGUCAAUCCGUACCUCUUCAACUGGGCCUUAACCAUCACUGUGCUCAAUCGAAAGGAAACAACAGACUACGUCCUACCGGUCACCCCGGGAAUUUUCCCAGAGAAAUUCUUCGAUGGAAAACUCCACAAAAAUGCCCGAGAUGCCCUUCAGCUUAUCCCACAGGAAGAUCGUGUUCCAGUGGAAAUUCCAGUAAACUUUACAGCCACGCUCUUUGAGAUGGAACAGCGCUGUGCCUACUUCCGCGAAGACAUCGGACUCAAUUUCUACUACUCCACAUUCAACUACUGCCUCCCAUUUGCAGGACCUUUUGCAGUUGUAGCCAAGAAACGUCGUGGGGAGAUUUUCUAUUUUAUUCAUCAGCAAAUCUUGGCACGGUACAACUUUGAGCGCCUCUGCAACGGAUUACAUCGUACGAAGAGACUUAAUAACUUCACCAAACCGAUUGAAGAGCCCUACUUCCCUAAACUCAAUACAAGUAUUGCAAGUCGAAAUUAUCCAGCUAGAUUCACCAAUACAAUCCUUACGGAUCUAGAUCGUGAGGAUGAUAACCUGCUGUGUGAUCUGUCUGCGCUCAGUAGGUGGAGGGAUCGUAUUCUAGAAGCCUGCGAUCGUGGUUAUGCCAUCACGCACGAUAAUACGAAGAUCGAUCUGAACAACGAACUAGGUAUUGACUGCGUUGGGAAUAUGAUCCAAUCUUGCUUGCUAUCACCACAAGAAGACUACUACGGAGAUUUGGGCAACAUGGGACAUCUCUUCAUUGGUUUCAGCCACGAUCCUGAUGGCAGAAAUCUCGAAGGUUUCAGUGUGAUUGCAGAUCCUGCAACUGCAUGCCGUGACCCAGUCUUCUACCGCUGGUACGCUCUUAUCGUGGACAUUUGCAACCACCACAAGCGCUACCUUAAGCCCUACACGCAUGCUCAGCUAUGCUAUCCCGGUGUUAAAAUCACCCACGUUGAGACCUUCCUUCUGUCCGAAAAGGAAGCAACUGUCAAGAAUGAAUUGCAAACGUAUUGGGAGAAGAGCGAUUUCGACAUUAGCGGCGGUCUGGAUUUUUCUCCAACUGAUCCAGUCUACGUAAGAAUUACAAAUCUUCAACAUAAGACCUUUAGCUAUAAGAUUGAUGUUGAGAAUACCGGAGGAGAUUGUCUGGGCUACGUUAUCAUCUACUUAGCACCGAAGAAAGAUGAACGUGGAAAUCAUUUCUUCUACGACGAUCAGAGGGAAUUUUUCGUCACCAUGGAUUACUUCCAAGUAUCCCUUCGCCCAGGGAAGAAUACAAUCAUUCGUAGAUCAAAUGAAGCUGUUAUUGGGGACUACAUGCAGCAUAUUAUGCCGAAUACUUUUAGGACAAAUACAGGAGGAAAGAAUCUGAAUUGCACAGGACGCGGAUGGCCGCAUAACCUGCUUGUGCCAAAGGGAGAUGAAGCAGGAUUCCCUUGUGAACUGUUCGUGAUGGUCAGCAAGGAGAAGUUCAAUCCAGGAAGUUCAGGACUCAAUUUGGGCUUCCCAUUCGAUCGCAAAGCAUCCACCCACGUACUCUACCUCAAAGAUUUUCUCUUUGAAAAUAUGUACGCUCAAGAAAUUAAGAUUCGACACAUAGAUCAGACAGUUGACAAAACCGGAGGGACUCCAUCACAACCCUUUGUUCAGUAGAGAGGGAAAGCUCCUCUCUCUCGAGAGUAAAUAUAUUUCAAGCAAAUAAAGUGUAGAGUGAUUUAACGGAAAGAAA